CUAAACUACAAAAUAAUAUUUCUUUGAAUUCAUUUGUUAAAUUUUUUACCCAAAAAGUCUCCUACUGUGACAUGUGUCAAAAGCUGCUCUAUCUUCUUGCAGCUCCAGCAGUCGGCAAAAAUUCGCAGAUUGUUUUCGUUUGCCCGACUCUAAACGCAUUCAAACUCCCCUUUAAGGGUGUGGGUCUCUAAGAUUUAAACCAAUCGUGAGUCUAGGUGUUCUGCAGGGGAGCGCGCUGACAUGUGAGGCUGUGGGUCUUUAAAGGGCUGCUCCGUCCAUGCUCACGAGCCCAAUCUCGCAGGACUUGUUAGCGUAUCACGUGCCAGAGUCUUAAUGAAGUGGACACAGUGGGGCCUGGUGUGCGCAUGCGCUCGGUGUGAAAUGUAGUUGGAAAUGAGGUGUCCGUCUUGGAGUAGUCGACUUUUAAAAAGCAUCGGCAGCCCGUGAUAUGACGACUUCGCUGGUUCUGCAUCCACGCUGGGCGGACACCUUGAUGUACGUUUAUGAAAAAAGCCCGAAUGAAAACAGCCAGAAUAAAAGCCAAACAAUGGAGGGACUGAGCGGUAAUUGCCCUGCGACCCACUGCAGGGACCUGAUGUCGCACCCUGCGCUGGGACGACAUUCUGGCACCAUAGCGACCCACCAGGGCUCCGUCUACUCGGAUAUUUCCUCUCCAGACACCGGCCGCCAGUGUCCCGCUCCGCAAUCGUCUUCUAGCGCGUCUCUGAGUUACGGUUAUCCGUUUGGAAACCCAUACUACGGCUGCAGGUUGUCUCACUCGCACAACGUAAACUUGCAGCAGAAGCCUUGCUCGUACCACCCCGCAGAGAAAUACGCCGAGCCCAGCACAGCUCUGCCCUCAGAAGAACUGUCAUCCAGGGCCAAGGAGUUUGCUUUCUAUCCGAGUUUCGCAAGCUCCUAUCAGGCCGUUCCCGGAUAUCUCGACGUGUCGGUGGUGCCCAGUAUCAGCGCCCAUCCUGAACCGCGACACGACGCCUUGAUUCCCAUGGAAGGCUACCAGCACUGGGCUCUAUCCAAUGGAUGGGACGGACAGGUGUACUGCUCCAAAGAGCAAACCCAAUCAACUCAUCUCUGGAAAUCACCUUUUCCAGAUGUCGUCCCACUGCAGCCUGAAGUCAGCAGUUACCGUCGCGGGCGCAAAAAACGCGUCCCUUACACCAAGAUUCAACUCAAGGAGCUGGAGAAAGAAUACGCAGCCAGCAAGUUCAUCACCAAAGACAAGCGGAGGCGCAUCUCGGCAGCCACCAAUCUUUCUGAGCGUCAAGUUACCAUCUGGUUCCAAAACCGGCGGGUCAAGGAGAAGAAAUUCGUCAGUAAAUCCAAGAACACUCAUAUGCACGCUACUUGAUGGGAUGAGCUCACUAUCACACACACACACACACCAACGUACCUUCCAAAACAAAAUGCCAUACCAAUACCUCUGCAUUGAAAAUCGCGGUUUAUUGACAUGCUGGCCGAGUGCUUUCUUACUUUUUCGAAUCAUUGAAGCUCCAUCAACUUUCUCGACCACGUCAACAAGACCCCUGCUCCCAGUUUAGAGAAAAUGCUCUAAAAACUGUGAAAAUGUUCAAAUCGCUUCACAAUUUUGUUUUAUAAGAAUGUACAUAUAUAAAUAUAUAAUAUUUAAAACGAUAUCUGUAUUUCAGACAAGUUAUUGCGUGCUUUUUCUGUGUUUUCUGUUCAUCAAGCCAAAUCUUAAAAAGAACUAAUGACAUUUCCAAGUCUUGCAUCGGCGUGAGGAAAAGCAGAGGAAAGAGUUUGUGCUCAUUUUAUGUUUUCUAAUUCCCCCCCCCCCUCUUUUUGUUUAUUUGUUUGCAAAAGCAAUCGCUGUAUGGACAAGAACUGUGGUGGACAUGUGAUAUGUCGAACUUGAGAUCUGAAUAAUUGUCCACAACAGCUGCAGAGAAAACCUCUGCAAGAAAAAGUGAUUAAAAAAGAAUCAGACUGAAAUAGGAUGAAAGCGUCCUCUGUAUGGGAUUUGAUCUAAUUAGCCUGGGAUAAACGAGGCUGCUGUUAAUCUGUAUAGUGCAAUGCCUUCAUUAUUUAAUUCAUAUUAUCGAUUAUGGCGGAACUAUAAACUGGAAUUUCACAAUUCUGUAUGUUUUCCUUUACCAGUGAAGGACUCUGUCAUGCAACUGGAAUGAUUGUAAACCAUUAAAGUCAGUGAGUAUUACAUAUAAAUGCACAAUCGUUUUAUUUGGGUCUGACUUUGUUAGUGUAGAAUCGGAGCAGAUCACUUGUAACAAAGCCUGUAAUUUCUACUUUGGAACAGUGUGUGAACUGUAUUGUGCUGUUGACUUCCGUACUGGUAAACGUGUUUCAUAAAUAAAUGAUGAUUAUGAAAAUGC